UCUAAAGUGUCAUGUGACGAUCUACAAGAUAUCCUGAUAGUUCCUACUUCUAGAUUGUUUUGAGGAUUGUUUCCAAAUUUUCCAUAUGAUUUGUAAAGUGUUCUAGAGUGAUCCCAAAGCUUUCUAAAAUGUUGCCAAAAGUUCAGAAGUGUUCUGGUCUGUUCUAGAACAUGUGUUUAAUGUUUUUAAAGAUUCCAAUUUUUCUCCAACAAAUUCAGGAAUAUUGAAAAAUUAAUUGAAAGUUUUCUGGAACUUAUCAAUGUUCCGACCAAAGUUCUGAAUUGCUCUAGAGCGUCUUAAAACUUCUAAUUGAUUUGCUGAUAAUUUUGAAGCACUGGAGUGUGUUAGAAGUUCGAAAAUAGCUUUCUACCAUUGGGAAAACCCAGCAUCGGAUCAAAAGUGGGUUCUUCUUCCGGAUGGGGCGUUAUCUCGGGAUGCCGCCACAAAUCGAUACCAUUCUGAGGGACGUGACCCAGGAAAUUACCCAUUGUAUAAUAAAUUAAAAGAGGAAAUUCUUUUUGGAAAAUAUUUGACUCAAAAAGAAUUUAUUUUAAGGUUAGGGUUACAUAAGUUUUUGACAGAUUCCUUGUUGGUUUGGUUUGUUCCAGCAACAAAGAAAAACUGUUAAUUUUUUGUUCCAAACUCUACACCUACUCCGAGUCCCGAUUUUAAAACAAAUAUUUGUGGGUUUCCUGGAAAACAAUUAAUAAUUAAUUAGUUGCCGCCUAAAUUCUCGUGAUUCAGAUUAUUGUUUACGUUUCACAAAAAGAAUAAUCAAUAAUUCAUCAACCAAUAACCAGUUGACUCAAGGAAUAUUCAAAUUUUAGUAAGGAAAUAUGGGUGUUCCACAACAAAUAUGUUUUGUUUUUGUUCUUAUUUUAUCAGCUUUCCAGAUAAGCUUUGCCCAGCAAUCCAACACAGAGAUAUCCCAAUUGGAAACCUUCUACUACAACAAAUGCUUGAAAAACACCGGACGACAAGAAGCGUUUGAAAAACUACGCACCAACGCCUACGAAAUGUACAAAUACUUCGAAUACGCCUUCCAAUAUUUGCCAGACAAACGAAAAACCUUUUGCGAUAGCGAGCGGUCAAAUCUAGUUUACAGAGUCAAGGAAAUCGAAACUGAUUUGAAAACUUGUUUGGAUCAGCAAGAGAAAUUUUUAGCCGGCUUUUUCAGGAAGAGUUUCGAGGAGUUUUUACACUUUUUUUGUCAUCAUAAUGGAGAAUACUCUACAAGAUUCUUCAGUAUAGAAGGACGUCAAUGCCGUGAAGCAAUUGAAAAUGCCAAAUCUAGUGACCUGGAUAAUUGCCUUAACAGAAUAUUUGCUCCAUCUAAAAGUCACAUAACUCAACAGGAAAUGUGCGAUGAUGUAACUGUGACCAAGAAAUGCUUUGCUCAGCUUUUGGAGGUUCACUGUCCUACGUCUCGUGACAUGAAACAACUCAAUGGAAUUUUCUUUGAUUAUCUUGCCAAACCUUGUUCCAGUUGUAGUUUUGUUGUUAAUGGUUUUCUAGUUUUGGGUUUGGUUUUGAUUAAUUUAUUAUGGCGCUAAGGGAAAAUUGGAAAAAUCUUGCAUUGCAUUUUACUAUAAAUGAUUCUCUAAAAUACUUUUGUUGAAUUUUUGUUGACCUUUUCCAUUCUCAGGGAAUACUAAACAAUUGUAUUUUUUUAGAUUUUUACAAUAAUCUUGAGUAUUAUACAUUUACCGGCUACUUGUUGGAAUUUUAAAUAAUGAUUAGGAAUUUUAAUUGUUUAAUUGAUGAAUUUUUUGAGUGAUGCCUGUACGCUGCUAGUCUUUUUACAUUUUAGAAUUUAGUGUAGUUUUUUUUUUUUGCUGAUAAGAUAAAUUUAGUGGAGGUGUGGUUCUAUGAAUAAUUUUUAAAUCUCUGUAAUACUCAAAUCUAGUUUAUUAUAAUUAUACCUUUACUAACAAUUUUACUGUAAGCGAUUUCCAUAAAUAUUGUCGCCUUAUUUCUUAGGUGCAGAAUGUCGAAUUAAGCUACACUUAAAGUGCUUGUGAUAAAAACAAAUAUAUUUUUUAAGUGUAAGAUUCCUGCAUGAGUUGAGUAUAUUGUGUCAAAAAUUUUACUAUAAAUAUUGGGAAAAUUUCUAUUUAAUUAAUUUUAACUGAAUUGCCAAGUCAAAAUGCACAAGUCUUAGGUACUUAAAUUGAAAAGUUUACUCUUCAAGGUACAAAUAUUUACUCACCUAUUUAUUAGAAUAUUGAUGUUGAUAUUUUGCUUAAAACAUAAAAUUAUAUUCAUCCAGA